CUGCAUUUUCCCCUGGCUUCUCUGCGAGCGGGCCCUCGGCGAUCGGCGUGGAGAGGGGCCACCGCUGAGAUCCCAGUCCCUGCCUGGCCACCACGGAGCCCAGCUACCAACACAGGACAAGGAUGGAGAUCCCUUUUGGCUCCUGCCUCCACGGCUGUUUGGCACUGCUUGUCUUGCUGCCCUCCCUGAGCCUAGCACAGUAUGAGAGCUGGCCCUACCAGCUCCAAUAUCCCGAGUACUUCCAGCAGCCGCCUCCCGAGCACCACCAGCGUCAGGUGCCCUCCGACGUGGUGAAGAUCCAGGUCCGCCUGGCGGGCCAGAAGAGGAAACAUAAUGAAGGCCGUGUGGAGGUCUAUUACGAAGGCCAGUGGGGCACUGUGUGCGAUGAUGAUUUCUCUAUCCAUGCUGCCCAUGUUGUCUGCCGGGAAGUGGGCUAUGUAGAGGCCAAGUCCUGGACUGCCAGCUCCUCCUACGGCCCAGGCGAAGGCCCCAUCUGGUUGGACAACAUCUACUGCACAGGCAAAGAGUCAACCCUGGCAGCUUGCUCCUCCAAUGGCUGGGGUGUCACUGAUUGCAAGCACACUGAAGAUGUUGGUGUGGUGUGCAGUGAAAAAAGAAUUCCAGGCUUCAAAUUUGACAAUUCAUUGAUCAACCAAAUAGAGAGCCUAAAUAUACAGGUGGAAGACAUCCGGAUUCGACCCAUCCUGUCUGCCUUCCGCCAUCGCAAGCCUGUGACAGAGGGCUACGUGGAGGUAAAGGAGGGCAAGGCCUGGAAGCAGAUCUGUGACAAGCACUGGACAGCCAAGAAUUCCCACGUGGUCUGUGGCAUGUUUGGCUUCCCAGCAGAGAAGACUUACAACCCCAAAGCCUACAAAACCUUUGCCUCAAGGAGGAAGCUGCGCUACUGGAAGUUUUCUAUGAACUGCACGGGAACUGAAGCACACAUCUCCAGCUGUAAGCUGGGCCCUCCCAUGUUCCGGGACCCUGUGAAGAAUGCCACCUGUGAGAACGGGCAGCCAGCUGUGGUCAGUUGUGUGCCUAGCCAGAUCUUCAGCCCUGAUGGACCCUCAAGGUUCCGGAAAGCCUAUAAGCCGGAGCAACCCUUGGUGCGACUGAGAGGUGGAGCCCAGGUCGGGGAGGGCCGCGUGGAGGUGCUCAAGAAUGGAGAAUGGGGUACCGUCUGUGAUGACAAGUGGGACCUGGUGUCUGCCAGCGUGGUCUGCAGGGAGCUGGGCUUCGGCACUGCUAAAGAGGCUGUCACAGGAUCCAGGCUGGGGCAAGGGAUUGGGCCCAUCCACCUCAACGAGGUCCAGUGCACAGGGACAGAGAAGUCCAUCAUAGACUGCAAGCUCAACACAGAGUCGCAGGGCUGCAACCACGAGGAAGACGCUGGAGUGCGAUGCAACAUCCCCAUCAUGGGCUUCCAGAAAAAGGUGCGCCUGAAUGGAGGCCGAAAUCCCUAUGAGGGUCGAGUGGAGGUACUAACAGAGAGAAAUGGGUCCCUCGUGUGGGGGAAUGUAUGUGGCCAGAACUGGGGCAUUGUGGAAGCCAUGGUGGUCUGCCGGCAGCUAGGCUUGGGCUUUGCCAGCAACGCCUUCCAGGAAACCUGGUACUGGCAUGGAAAUAUCUUCGCCAACAAAGUGGUCAUGAGUGGAGUGAAGUGCUCAGGAACGGAGUUAUCCCUGGCACACUGCCGCCAUGACGAGGAGGUGGUCUGCCCCGAGGGUGGGGUGCAGUAUGGUGCUGGAGUCGCCUGCUCAGAAACUGCACCUGACCUGGUACUUAACGCCGAGAUUGUACAACAGACCGCCUAUCUGGAGGACAGGCCCAUGGCCUUGCUGCAGUGUGCCAUGGAGGAGAACUGCCUCUCAGCCUCCGCUGUGCACACUGAUCCCACCAGAGGCCACCGUCGCCUUCUACGCUUCUCUUCCCAGAUCCACAACAAUGGCCAGUCUGACUUCCGCCCCAAGAAUGGCCGCCACGCAUGGAUUUGGCAUGACUGCCACAGGCACUACCACAGCAUGGAAGUAUUCACUUACUAUGACCUCCUGAGCCUCAACGGCACCAAGGUGGCUGAGGGCCACAAGGCCAGCUUCUGCUUGGAGGACACUGAGUGUGAGGGAGACAUUCAGAAGAGUUACGAGUGUGCCAACUUCGGAGAACAAGGCAUCACCAUGGGCUGCUGGGACAUGUACCGUCAUGACAUUGACUGCCAGUGGAUAGACAUCACCGAUGUGCCCCCUGGAGACUACCUGUUUCAGGUUGUCAUUAACCCCAACUAUGAGGUGCCAGAAUCAGAUUUCUCUAACAACAUCAUGAAGUGCAGGAGCCGCUAUGAUGGCUACCGCAUCUGGAUGUACAAUUGUCACGUAGGUGGAGCCUUCAGUGAGGAGACAGAACAGAAGUUCGAACACUUCAGUGGACUCCUAAAUAAUCAGCUCUCCGUGCAGUAAAGAAGACUCUGGGCCAGGCAUGAUGGCUCUUGCCUGUAAUCCCCGCACUCAGGCAGGAGGAUUGCCACAAGAUUUUCACUCUGGACACUAGACCAAGCUUCAGUCUCAAAAGAAGGAAAAGAAAAGAAGGAAGGAAGGAAGGAAGGAAGGAAGGAAGGAA